UCAUGUGGACAAAUUAAAGCGCGUCAGAAAGAAAAUGAGUGUUAAAUCGAAUUAUACAAUUGUGAAAAACGGGACAGCGAAGUGCAAACAUUGCGACAAAAUCAUAAGAACAAGGAUUGUUAUGCAUUUUAAGCACAGUACGGCUAAGAUGGAUCAAUUGCGAAAGGCUCAAGCCGAUGAGGGUACUCCUGAAGGAAAAAUAGGAACUUUAAUUCAAAAUGUAGACACGCGCUGGAAUUCUUGUGUAGAUAUGAUGGAGUCCUUUUUAGGCUUAGUUGAUUUAAAGAUCAGAACGCGUUAAGGGACUACCCGAAAUGCUCAAUGCCUCAGAGCUUAGCAGCGACUUAUGUAGUCUCCUGCAGCCGUUUACACAAGCCACAGAGCAGAUAAGCGGUGAACAAUACGUCACCGUAAGCAUGGUGAUUCCACUCAUUUCGCCAUUGAAAAACAACAUAAAAAAAUUGAAUAUGGAGACAGACGAAGGAAAACGAGCCAAGGAGGCUCUUUUAAAGAAUUCCGAAAAAAGGUUCCAGUCGUUCCAGCAAAAUAAAAUUUUAGUGAAAUCGUCCUUCUUAGACCCUAGAUUUAAAAGAUGUAUUUGUCACCGCUUUCGAUUUCUGAUGGAAAAAAAAAGGAUUUCAAGGACUUUAAGAGCUUCCAUAACAACUCCAUCGCAAAUGACUAUGACGAAUCGGAGAACAAGGAACUAAAACUUUAUUUUAGCUUGCCCAAAGCUGCGUGGGAAAGCAAUUCCCUUGAAGUAUGGAAAUCACAAAAAAGCGACUAUGCCGGGCCUGUACAAGCUGGCCCUGAAGUAUUUAGUUACCCCAGGAAGUUCGGUGCCUUCAGAGCGGCUGGCUUCCGCCAUUAAAUGUGUUGAGUGCGAUGCAAGGAGCAGGAUGACGGACGCACACAUUACGCAAAGGGCCACACUAAUUACAAACCACAACUACCCGGUUGAGGAACAUACGGUUAACACCUCCGAUGACUACAUUCUUACUAUUUACCGCAUUCCAACGUCGCCAAAACGAAAGCAAAUGAACCAGACCGGCGAGCGCUUAGUGGUUUUUCUACAACAUGGUAUCCUGUGUGCCUCCGAUGACUGGAUUAUCAACGGACCAGAGACGUCGCUGGCCUAUAUGUUUGCAGAUGCUGGUUACGAUGUCUGGCUGGGCAACGCACGGGGCAACACGUACUCACGACAGCAUAAACAUAUUCAUCCAGAUUCGUCUGACUUUUGGCAUUUUAGCUGGCACGAGAUAGGAGUCUAUGACCUUGCGGCUAUGUUAGACUAUGCAUUGGCAGUGAGCCGUUCAAAUUCCCUGCACUUCGUGGCACACUCGCAGGGAACCACCACGUUUUUCGUGCUAAUGUCCUCGUUGCCUUUGUACAACGUGAAGGUGCGCUCCGUCCACCUUUUAGCGCCGAUAGCUUACAUGCGCAAACACUCCUUUAUCCUUUCCAAGUUGGGUGGCCUUUUUCUUGGGUCGCCUUCUUUUCUCAGUUGGGUGCUAGGUGGUAUGGAGCUCCUACCCAUAACUAGGGUGCAGAAACUGAUGUGUGAGAAUGUUUGCUCAGAGGCCUCGAUGCUAAAGUUCCUGUGCUCCGGUCUGCUAGAAUUCAUCGGAGGCUGGGGAACCCAGCAUUUAAACAAGACACUACUAACAGACGUAUGCGUGACCCACCCAGCUGGGGCUUCUACCAGUCAGAUAAUCCACUACCUGCAGCUCUACACCUCUGGUGACUUUCGGCAGUACGACCACGGGCGUGAGCGAAAUGAGUUAAUUUACAAGCGAGCAACGCCUCCUCCUUACAAUAUGCUAAACAUAGAGAGUUGCGUUGACUUGUACUACAGCGACAAUGACUAUAUGUCUGCGGUGGAGGACGUGGAAUAUCUGGCUUCGCUUCUUCCCUGCGCUGAGCUAUACCGGAUUCCGUACACCGACUGGAACCACUAUGAUUUUCUGUGGUCAAACAAUGUAAAGGAGGUUCUAAACAACAGGAUCAUACACAAGGUGCUAAGAUAUGAUGAACUUAUAUAAGAUUUAUUUUUUUGUCGUUUUAAUCAAAGCUAAAAUGACAAAAAAAAAAAAAAUUAAAUGCUGAUAUAAGUUUAAAAAUUA